GAUAAAGUGCACCUGCAUAACACAGCGUCGGCGUUUUCUAAAUAUGUAACCAGGAAGUUCUGAUGCUCACUGCAUGGGUUGUUUGUUAGUCGUUCAAACAUCGUGAAGUUGGAUGUAGCUGGAUCGUCAGGGUGUACAGUCAGAGGGUCUGCAUGACAGACUAUCCUAGUCUCUGAUACCGAAAAUCUGGAGAAGUGUGUCUCAACACCUGAACCUAGGCAAGAAUGUGGCCGAGGUGGCCAACAUAUCUCUUUCUGAUGACAUGGAUUUUACUUCAAGUUCCAUAUACAGUAGUCUAUGGCCUGAGACACAAGACUGCCUGUUACAACUUCCCGUUGAUGGUCGACCCCCCGUGUGCCGCCACAGAGAUGCUUCUCCCCACCAUGUUUACACUCGGGGUGUCCUCUGACGUCACAUGUCACAGGGAAAUAACUGGAAUUAGUUUAAGAGGGAAGGGAGUAGACGAAAUCAGACGUUGUUGUCAACAGCGUGAGAAUGAUACCGUGACUGAGUACUGCCUUCCUGCCAUGAAGAACCAACUGAGAGAUCACUACUACCUGGACUUUGUGGACAUCUGCACGGCCUCUACAAGAUGUCAGCUGUCUUCACCUGGUGGUAGGUUCAACAUACUGAUGGUGAAGACUACGUGACGUUCACCUUCCACUGUGUACACAGUGAGUAGUGUCUCUUGUAAUUUUA